AUGUCUAAAGAAGUUGUUGAUGUUGCUGCUGAUGAAAGUGGUCAGAUUGAUAAUGGGAAAAAAAAUAUACUUCAAGAAGAAUCAAUAAUUUUGAAUGUUGGGGGUUAUGAAACAUAUCGUUCAACGCUUAUAGCAUAUCCACACACAUUAUUAGGAAUAAUGUUUGCAGAACGUAAUGUAGAAUUAUUGAGGCCAAUAAAUGGAAAUGAAUAUUUCAUAGACAGGGAUGGAUGUUUAUUUCGUAUCGUGAUGCAAUUUUAUCGUACAGGGAAAAUUCAUUGGCCAUCUUUUGAAUUUGUUCCAAAUAAGUCAAUUUUGCCAAUAUCAAUAGAAGAAAUAGAAACAGAAUUAGACUAUUAUCAAUUACCAUAUCAAAAGCUUUCAUCCAAACAAUUUUCACAUAUGGUUUUAUCUCGGAAAGAUUUGGGACUUGCGUUUUCUUGUAAUCCGGUAGUGGAAAAAUUAGAUGAAUUUAUCAUGGCAUUAAGAAAUGUGAUCAAAGAGGUCAUGGCAGUUUUUGAAACCGAAUUGAUAAUAACUUUUAGCAAGAAUGGCUUUAAUCCGUUUUGCAAGUUUGGUCUUCAUUUUAUUAAAGGUUCUUCUGUGAUGGAUAUUAUCGAGAAAACUCUUAAACCAUUUGGAUCCGUUGGCUACCUGUUAAUACACAAGUAUGGUGCUGAUAUUGGGUCUUAUUUAAAAUCUGUAAUCCCUGAAUUAGCCUGGCAAUAUGGCUAUUCACAAAACAGGGACCAGAUUAAAUUACAUAUUUCUGUCAGAAAUUCGUUAUCGGACUCUGAAAUUUUUGAUUGUUCAUGUUUGGCUUCUAAAUCGGACAAUUAG